AUGUUUCCGCUGUUGGUGUUUCUGCUGCUUCUGCUGGUGCUGUUGUUUCGUCGUCUUCUCUUGGUGCUGUUGUUUCGUCUUCUUCUCUUGGUGCUGUUGUUUCGCCUUCUUCUCUUGGUGCUGUUGUUUCGCCUUCUUCUCUUGGUGCUGUUGUUUCGCCUUUCUUCUCUUGCGUUGUUUGCUUCGCCUUCUUCUCUUGGUGCUGUUGUUUCGCCUUCUUCUCUUGGUGCUAUUGUUUCGCCUUCUUCUCUUGGUGCUGUUGUUUCGCCUUCUUCUCUUGGUGCUGUUGUUUCGCCUUCUUCUCUUGGUGCUGUUGUUUCGCCUUCUUCUCUUGGUGCUGUUGUUUCAUCUUCUCGUUCUGGUGCUGUUUCUUCUUCUCGUUCUGGUGCUGUUGCCUCUUCUUCUCGUUCUGGUGUGGUUGCCUCUUCCUUUGGUGGUGUUGUUUCUGCUUUGGAUGACGUUGGCUCUCUUCGUGGUGUUGUGGCUGGUGUUGCUCAGGACGUUGACCCUGUUGCUGCUGCUGUGGAUGGUGCUGCUGCUUUUGAGGGUGCGAUUGACGAGCUUUGUUUUCUCUAUGCUCAUUUGAGCCUCAACGAUCCGUUUGACGAGGACGUGCAUAUGGCACCGCCUCCUGACCGACGACAUGAAGAGCCAAUUGCUACUGUGGAAAUCGAUGACGAUCUGAUUUCCAACAUUUCUGCCAAUAUGGCUAUCCCUCCUUUCCUUCACGAGGAUGACGAUCCUGUUCUCAUCAAUAUGCCUACUCCUACCAUCACCUCACGUCCCGCAACACCUCCUCCAUCGCCUCCACCAUCGCCUAUGCCAAUUCCUAUGGAGGAAGACUUUACGCUCCUUUCACCUGUCAUCAAUGCCGCCAAUACCACCACUAAUACCGACACGGCCACUACACCUCUUCUUUCCGCUACUAUGACCACCUCUAUGCCUGCCACUACCGCUACCAUCACUAAUACCGCCAUCGCCACUGAUAUCACCAUCACCACUAAUGCCGCCAUCAACACUACAACUACUCCUACAUCCACUAUGACCACUUGUAUGCCUGCCACCGAUACCCACCUUAUUAUUCCUCAAGAUACCCAACCACCUACACCGCACCCUAUUACUACUACUCCUACUACUGUUACUCUUACUACAACCACCGCCACCAUUAAUUCCGUUACUCCUGCUCCAAUUUUUACCGAUGCCACUACUACCACCAACACUCCCAACACCACACCCUCAUCAUCUCCACGUCCGCAACCACGUGGUCAUCAAGACCAAAACCACCAAGAGCAGCAACAGGCAUGGGCUGAAUUUGCUGCUUGGCUUGCAGAAGCCACGGAGGACUUGGAUUAUGAUCCGGAGGAAGAGGAGGAUGACGACGAGGAUGACGAUGUCGAUGAUGGUGGCGAUGACGAUGAUGAUGAUUAUGAUGAUGACCACGACGAUGGGCAUUGUUAUGGUGAUGGCCAUGAUUACGACAAUGGCGAUAGCGAUGAAUAUGACUAUGACUAUGACGAUGGUUAUGGUUAUGUUCUUGAUGACCACGAUGACGAAGACCAAUACGUCUACGAAGAAUACGAAGCUUUCUAG